AUGUUCCACCAGAUGACGGACCCGGCGGGGAACGGCAGCUGCAACAGGAGCGCGCACUCGGACGCGCUCCAGCUGCCCACUUUCUCCACGGCGGCCAAAGUGCGCGUGAUCAUCACCUUCAUCCUGUGCGCGGUCUCCGCCGUCUGCAACCUGGCGGUCCUGUGGGCGGCCAGCAACGGGGGCAAGCGCAAGUCCCACGUGCGGAUCCUGAUCAUGAACCUGACCGUGGCCGACCUGCUGGUGACUUUCAUCGUGAUGCCCGUGGACGCGGCGUGGAACAUCACGGUGCAGUGGCAGGCUGGGGACGCCGCCUGCCGGCUGCUCAUGUUCCUCAAGCUGGUGGCCAUGUACUCCUGCGCCUUCGUCACCGUGGUCAUCAGCCUGGACCGGCAGUCGGCCAUCCUCAACCCUCUGGGCAUCAGCGAGGCCAAGAGGAAGAGUAAAGUCAUGCUGAGCGUGGCGUGGACCAUGAGCGUGGUGCUGUCUCUGCCCCAGAUGUUCAUAUUCCACAACGUGACGAUCACGGUCCCCGAGAACUUCACCCAGUGCACCACUCACGGCAGCUUCGUGGAGCACUGGCAGGAGACUCUCUACAACAUGUUCACCUUCGCGUGCCUCUUCCUCCUCCCCCUGGUCAUCAUGAUCUUCUGCUACACCAGGAUCCUCAUCGAGAUCUCCAGCCGCAUGGCUCGGAAUACCUUGCUGUCCAGAGAUGUUCAUCUGCGGCGCUCGCACAACAACAUCCCCAAAGCUCGCAUGAGGACUCUGAAGAUGAGCAUUGUCAUCGUGACUUCAUUUAUAAUCUGCUGGACUCCCUACUACCUCCUGGGCCUCUGGUACUGGCUGUUCCCAGAGAAGAUGGAGGAGACGGUGUCACACUCCCUCACUCAUAUGCUGUUCAUAUUUGGCCUCUUCAACGCCUGUCUGGACCCCAUCACUUACGGUCUGUUUACAAUUCAUCUGAACCACGGUCUCAAGAGAAGGAAUUCAAACACCGCCAAGUCAGAAAACAACACUUGCCUCAUGCAUAUGGCUCACGUGUCCUCUCACCGCCGAACGGCCUCCGGAGCACACAAUGUAGACAUUGAAGAGGAAACUGACAGCAACAGCAUGAAAAGUGUCACCAACCCGAUCAUCCCAGUCAGUGCCAUUUAACCCACAGCAAAGAUUCUUCACUUCAGUAUCGCCCAAAACAUGCCGUCGAACAUGAGGCGGGCUUCUCCUGGUGCAGCUGUCGACUGAAAAUGUUUCUCCCGGCAGCAGACUGAAGCAUCUUUGCAAAACUGCCACUGCGGGCGGAGUGACAUUGUACAUCCCAUGUUUCGUGCCAGUGUGGGACAGAGUUUUCUGCCGAAACAUUGAAUCCUAAUGUGUGUUUUAAGGAGGGAAACCUGGACGAUAUUGAUGAAACCCUUCAUAAAAGAAGAGAAUUCAUGCCUGAGCAACACGGCAAGUGUAUCAAGAGCGUGCAGUUCCAUAUAUGACAACAACACGUCUGACAAAGCCCUGUGGGUCACAAACAGAAAGACAUACAGUGGUAGCUCGGUUCUCGACCACAAUCCGUUCCAGACGGCCGUUCGAGAAGCGAAUUGUUCGAAAUCUGAAUGGAUUUUUCCCAUGACAAUGAAUGGAAAAAGAAACAAUACGUUCCAAGCCUUAAAAUAGUCUUUUGUGGGAGUGAAUGUGGAGUGUCUGCUGCAGGUGGCUGUUCCUCUAUGUGUGUGGCCGCUGCAUGUGGGAGGGGUUGCCGAGUGAGUGACGUCUCUCCAGAAGGGAAGAGGUGCCCGGUGCGUGUCUGAAUGCUCUGAAUGUGCGCUUCUGUGCAGUUUGGCUGUGACAAAGUCAUAAACCAAGUCACGCUCUGUCCCAGACUCGCCUCAUCCCUGUCCCAGCUCCAGCCCACAACAGGACAUCAAACCCUGGAGUGGAGGUGUGGAGAGCGAGCACCUCCCCUGUGACACUCUACCACGGUCCAGUGUGGAGACAGGAAAGGUUUUACACCUCAAUAUGAAGAAAAAACAGUCAGUAAAUGUAGCUAACGGGACACGUCUGCAUACAGAGGCUGCGUUAUACACAAUAACGAGGCGCGUCGUAAGUCAGCCAGUCGGUCCGCGCACCUUAUGUUUUUUCCGGCUUUUUUCGUGAGCGUUCGAGUUCUGGAUUUUCAUUCGAAAUCCGAAGAAAAAAAAUUUCGACAUUUUUGUUUGAACUCCGAUUUGUUCGAAUUCCCAGACGUUCGAAAACCGAGGUACCACUGUAAUUUCUUAAAAAAAAAAAAAAAAGCAAAAAUCAAAACUACCUUUAAAAAUAGCAUCAGUGCAGCAGAUCAAUCAAUACAGUGAACACAAACUUUUAAAUGAGUAAAUGGAGCUAAAAAUGAAGGAUUCAUUACUUUCUCUUGAACUGCACGCGAGACAUUUGUAUUAGCAUAUGUAUUAGCAUUGAUGCUAAAUCUGAAUUGACUUCUUAGUUGAAUGUUACGCAGCACGGAAGACACAUUUAUUCAUUAAAAAUGCGUGACAGUGAACAAGCUUUUCACCCUUACGGUGUGAAUCCGGGCUACUUCCUGGUCUCAUGAUGACGCAGUACAUGUCAGCCUAUCACAAUGUCCUCAGACCAGGAAGUAGAACAGACAUCGACCUGCUUCACAAAAAUUAUCUUUGGCUAAAAAAAUGGUUGACGUGCGGUGGAAACUACCAUCGAGCUGAUCGUGACUGCUGGACACAUUUGGGCUCGACUUAGAAAGCACUCAGUUCCACCUCCAGGACAGUAGGUGGUGCUGUAAUGAGACACCCACAGGGUGUCGACAGGCUUUAAUAAGAGAAGGAAUUUAUUUUAAUUAUUAUAAAUCGUGACAUGUUCUCCACAGCUCCUCUCCCAAAGCCACGCGUGAUGUUUUGCUUCUCGAAUGUCUAAAAAAUAUAUAUUUAUUAUCAUUAAAUGCUUGGAAUUCCAAGCGUCAAGCCAUUUUUAAAAAAAAGUGAUCUGUGUUAGCUGUGCUUUUCUUGCAAUGCGUUUUCUUACUAAAGAAAAAAAAAGUGUUUGGUGGUAUCAGGCUGUAUAUCUAUCACACCUGUCAUGUUGUUAUUGGUAAACGGAGGAAAGGCAAUAAAAGCAUCCAGGUAUUUACAUUUGCACUCAGUAGAAUAUCAAUAAAUACAAAUGAGUCCUAGUUUGACACAGAACAAUCCGGUAGGUUUUCCUCAACAAACAAGAGCCGAACAGAUAAACAUAUUUCCCUCAUUUACGAAUAAAGUUGUCACUUUUAAUAGAACAUACCGUUGUAACUUAGCUCUCUGUACAUCUGCCGAGACCCGUCCCUCUUGUUUUCAAACUUACAAUCACAGGUUUUUGGAUUGGAAACGAUUCGCAUCAUGUUCCAAAACAAAUCUGGAUUUAAUUUAACAGCCCAGCUCACACUCGACAGUUGUAAACACAUCGGCUUUGCUUGACCAAUUGUGCUCUUGUUUUGUAGAAGGCCUGUGUUUCGUACAUGUGACCAAGACUUUAAAUCCAAAAGUUUCUUUAUUUAGCCUCUUCAUUCGUCUUCUCGCUUGAUGUCUGUGAGAUGGAAUCAUUUGCAGUCGCUGAGCUUUUAUUGUUGUUCAUUUGUGUAAACGAUAGCAACUGUGCAGACUCCUGAAAAAUGCCGAUGCUUUGUUGUGUAUUUAAUGUGCCUGGAGAAAAAGAGUGUUGAGUGCUGGAAUUUGUGUUUACUGUGCUACACAAAAGGAGACAGAACCUUUCCUUUGGUCAGUGUUUGAUGUGCAAUAUGGUUUGGCUGCAGGCUAAAUUUGUGAUUUCACUGUUUUAAAUAAUGUUGCUUUUGCAUGCAACGGUUUAUUUUUGAGUGGCUGAACAGCAGUGUU